AAAUUCUCUUUUAUCCUCCCGGCAGUUGUGCUGAGAGAACCGCCAGGCGCUGCUCCCGUCACGGCCAUCCUCUACCCGUUCACCCCUCCAAACAAUGUUAUCUAUAUCCUGUACGGCUCUGAAUCAAUCAUCGAAGACUAACCGACAGACUCUGGGUUGAUUCUACUACCUGCAGGUAUGUGAAUUCUGUCAGCGAUACCCACCUAAUCUGAGAAAUAUUAGCCUUUUAGAUAAAAUUUUACUGUGACAUAGCGUGAAAUAUGGUCAGAUACGCCUUGAACGCGAGAGCCUGUGAACGUGCGUGCAGCGGUGUUUUAUUUUACCACAUCGCACACACCAAGGAGACUCGUGAUGCUCAUAGAUUUUAGACAAGCCUCGAGGCUCGGAGGAGGAAAAGGGGGAUGCAAAUUGAUUUCCAACAGUGGGAUCUCAUAUAUCCAUAGACAUGUCGAUCAGGUGCAAGAUGUGCUUGCAGGAAUUUACUGCAUCGGGCCCAUAAAGGCCAAAAUUAAACACACAAACUGGGAAUGAUGCUACCUUUUGUUCAGCCAGGCAUUUUUUUUUUACCCAUAAAUAUUUUAAAGGAUUGCUACCCUUCGCUGGAAGCUCAGGGUGUGGACGGCGGAUGGGGUUAUGUUACGUAAUCCCUUCCCAUUCAUCACUCCACGCCUUUUCCUCCUGAACCUCGGCCUGUGUUCAUCCCACACAGCCUCUGUCUGUGGAGCCGCUGUAUCCACGCCUUCCCACGAGGCAUUAUAAUUACGAUCAGCAAGUAAGAUCUUCAAAUUAGUAAUGACUGAUUUCCACCCUGUGGAGUGGAGUGUGCAGGUGCGCACUUAAACCCAACAGAAAAGUCGGUACAACAGAAUUAGUUUAUUGAGUAAUCCAGAGGGCUGCUCCACCAACAGUCACUAUCUGUCUUCAACCCAUACCCAAUGGAAAUUAGGUCGCUCCAUAAGUGUACGAGCUACAGUGUGUGUGUUGCAUUGGUAGAAUUAUAACCUGCAUUUGCUGGUAUUUCAAUAUCCAGUGUGAAUUGUGGUUUGACACUGUAUUCUUUUUAAGUACACUGUAAGACAAGGAACACCAGCUGAAAAUCAGCAAUAUGUACAAACUCUCUGUCAGCUCAAUGCUUAGUAUAAGAAAGAUGUUAAAUUGCACCAUCAUUAUAAACUAGAUUUAAAGGAAGUAUACUGUGUUACCUAUAUUUUUACAUCUUUUGGUAUGUUAGACAAAUUCAGCCAGGAGAAGACACCUGCUGAUAACAUCAUAUUUUGGCCAAAUUGUGUUUCUCUAUUUAAAAUGACAAUUUAUAAAACAAAUAAUGUUCAGAGCUUGAUUUAGAAUUUAAAACUUCCCAUGAAAUUCAGCAAUUUAACAGAGAAUUUGUUUGAAAAAUAUUUAAAAGCACGAAGCCACCUCUUUAAAAAUGUCUGCAUCUCUUUGGCAGUCGUAGGAAUAUUGAUUUUACAACAGAGGUGAACACCUCAGGAAGUAAUUUCCUGUUUGCAAAACCUGAGGACUGAGAAAGAAACUCUUAUUGUCAGGAUUUAUGACAGUAAAGGGGGCGGACGGUGUCGCAUUUUUAUGGCCCCUGAGCUCCUGUGAGGUGAAACUGCCCUUCAAGAUGAUUCAUCAUGUUGUAAUGGAUGAGAAGCUUGGGGACACCAAUCAGACAAACUAACAACAUUAGAGCAAACAACAAAACUCCUACCACAACCACCACUUAGAGUCAUAUCCAUUAACAUGUAUAAAAUCCAUUAUGUAUCAUUUUCCAAUGCUGAAGGCCGCUGCGAUCAAUACAGUUGUCAUUGGCAACACAUCAUAUGAUGGAUGUUUGGCGGGAAUGAGGUCACUGUGAGUGUUCAACACUCAGGGUUAUCACACAACGCCUCUGUUCAUUCUUAUAGAACCUUUUUGUCAGUGGUUAAUUGUUUCAGUUUUCUGCCCUUGAUAUCCACUUUGAAAAAACCAAGUUCUGCCUAAAGUCAGUGCCCACUGAAGUAUCAAACCCAGUGCAGCCUACCUGUCCUGAACUUUACAAAGCACAGUAAUUAUCAGCUGUAAAGAUACAUAUGUCAAUAAAAAGGUGAACUAUAACAGGUUUAACAGGUUAUGAAGAUGAACACUUAAUUACUAGUUUGUUUGGUGCCCCCAAGUGGUAAGAGUAUACUAAAACAUAGCUUUAAAAAACAUUGAAGAAUAAGUACACAUUUUUAUUUCAUUUGAAUGGAUGUGAAAAGUUACAGCUCAAUAUUUCCUUUUAGCAGCAAAUGUUAUGACUAUGUCUGCGUAAAUAAUUUAUCCUCAAUAAAACCUAUCCAUUGUUGUAAAGCAAGAGAAAAGACAUACAUUCAUGAUAUUUGUCUAACUUUACUAUAGAGAGAAAUAAAUAAAGUAAUGUCAGUGAUAAUCUUCAUUUACCGUGUGAUUCCAGCAUCACUUUUUGGCUUUGUGGUAACAGUAGUAGUAGUGGGUAAGCAACACACAAACACACACACUCACACUGGACACACGCACAAAAGUUAAUCUAUAAGUGCCUUUACACACACACACACACACACACAUAGACCUGGAAACAGCUUGACAGAUACUGACGGACUGUUGUUUCAAUUUCCUGCCCUUCUCUGUGGCCUCCAGGUUGCCAUGGCGACAGUGGUGAUGGAGCAGAUCGGUCGCCUGUUCAUCAAUGCCCAGCAGCUGCGUCAGAUCCCUCAGCUGCUGGAGUCGGCCUUUCCUACGCUGCCUUGCACUGUGAAGAAGGCGGAUGUUCCCUGGGUGUUCCGCGAGCGUCACAUCCUCGCCGGCUACAGGCAGACUGAACAGAGCUGGCGCUACUACUUCCUGACCCUCUUCCAAAGGCACAAUGAGACCCUCAAUGUGUGGACCCAUCUGUUGGCCGCACUCAUCAUCCUUGUGAAGUGGCAGGAAAUCUCAGAGACGGUCGAUUUCCUGCGAGACCCCCACGCUCAACCGCUCUUCAUUGUGCUCCUGGCUGCCUUCACCUACCUCUCCUUCAGCGCUCUCGCUCACCUUCUCUCUGCAAAGUCUGAGCUCUCAUACUACACCUUCUACUUCCUCGACUAUGUGGGAGUGGCUGUCUACCAGUAUGGCAGUGCUCUUGCGCACUAUUACUACGCCAUCGAGAAAGGGUGGCAUACUAAAGUGCACGGUUUCUACUUACCUGCUGCGGCGUUCCUCGCUUGGCUCACCUGCUUUGGCUGCUGCUAUGGAAAAUAUGCCAGUCCUGAGAUGCCCAAGAUUGUUAACAAGCUUUUCCAGGUGGUGCCCUCUGCCCUGGCUUAUUGCUUAGACAUAAGCCCAGUAGUUCACCGUAUCUACAGCUGCUACCAGGAGGGCUGCUCCGACCCGGUGGUGGCAUACCAUUUCUACCACGUGCUCUUCUUCCUCAUCAGCGCCUACUUCUUCUGCUGCCCGCACCCCGAGAGUUUGUUCCCCGGGAGGUGUGACUUCAUUGGGCAGGGCCACCAGAUUUUCCACGUGUUCGUGGUGGUGUGCACCCUGACGCAGAUUGAGGCGCUGCGAACAGACUUCACGGAGCGCAGGCCACUCUACGAGGGUCUCCAUGGCGACCUUGCACACGACGCUGUUGCACUCUUCAUCUUUACUGCCUGUUGCAGUGCUCUGACCGCUUUCUAUGUGCGCCAGCGUGUUCGUGCCUCUAUCCACGAGAAGGAGCGGUAAAAAAUGAAAUGAGGAAGAAGAAAGUCUAAAUUAUUUCACUCUGUGGUGACCAUUUAUUUAUUUUUGUUGGUAAUUAUUAGUUUGUGACAAUGACUUCUUCCAUUUCUCCUCCAUGUGAUCUGCCAAACUACCAGUGACAAGUAAAAAGUAAUUUAAGGUGUUGUUGUGACUUGAAAUGAAGUAAAGAGUGGUAUGAUUUGUCUGUAGCAUUUCAUGUAAAAGUCAAACACUGGAAUGAGUUUUUGCAUCUUUUUCUGCUUCUUUAUUGGUCUGCAAGUUUUUAUCUUUGAGGCAGAGUCCAAAGGCAUGCCCUUACCUCAGAAUACAAAAACACCUCCUGACAAAGGGAGCAAACAAAGUAAGAGGCUAGUUUCCUUCUAAUCAAUUUUAUUCUGAAUAAUUUGACUCUGUUUAAGAAUGCAUGAAUAAUUCAAGCUUUUAUUUUUGCAGUUUACAGUUCUUGAACUGCCUGUUUGUUGCAGUCAGAUACUGAUUCCAACCCAAUUAGCAUUUUGGAUCCUGGCAAAAAUUUCUUAGCACAUGAUGUUUUCCCUCUUUUGAUUCUACCUUUUUCUUUAGGGAUCAAAGCAGGGAUUUUAAUUUUGAUUUAUAUUAACACUGUGCCACUGAAAGAUUCAGAAAUAUUCAUAGAAAGUUGAGAACCCAAUUUGAAAACCAAAUAUUUAACCUCUUCUAAGAAAAAGGCUUUCUCAUUCUGUGAAAUCAUAUUUGAAAAAUGAGGCUGAGACUCAGUACCAGUGAAAACACAGAGGUAAGAUCACUGAUGUCUCUUUGUCGCCAUGAUGAUGUUAAUCUUUUUUUAAUUCUAAGGGCUGGAACUACAGCUUUUGCCUUUUUCACGUCCCAUGAUGUCAGUGCAUUGGCGCGCUUUGUUUUUCUUGUAGGUUGAUCAGAUUUGAGUCACAGGAGCCGUGUCUGACUGUUGUUCUGCUUUUGGUAUGUUUUGUUUUUGUACGAUGAAUAUGUAUGUGCCUCUACGCAUGUCCUUUGGUAUAUAACGUUGAAUUUAAGUGUGUGAAUGUCUAUGAAAGCUUAGCCUUGCACUCCUUUCUUACCUUGUAAAUAAGCUUUUAUUUCCCCCCGAAUUCAUUUGCAUUUGCAUUUCCUCUCCACCCCAUGCACUCAGAAGUGAAUGCAUCCUUUUCCGGUGGAAUUCAGCACAUUCCUACUUUGCUGCAUCCUUUAAGAGUGUAUGUUGUGUUCGGUGUCCCUUCCCCGCCCUUCAGACUUUAAUGGCUAUGAAUUCAUCAUUUCACACUGCGCUAGGCUAAAGAGCCCUUCUGUGUUUUUUUUCUCCUUCUUUGAUAACUUUUGUUAUAAAAAUACCGCACAGAUGUGGCUCACUGUUAAUGUUGCUUAGAUUUUAACUCACAAAAUCUGUAUUCAUUACAGCACUCUCUGUUCAUGAUGGUGUUUAAUGUGCCAAUGAAUCUGUUGUUUUGCUUCAGUGAUGGUACUUCUGAGAGAUGAAUGCAGAGACUUGAAAAGGCAGAUGUGAUUUCAAUGAUGUCUACAUAACUGCAUACAUAAAACCUGUGAGAUUUAACCUUAAUGUCCCUCAAAUAUGAACUUUCUAACUGUUGACUUUGGCACUACUGACCUGGUCUCAUCAUGCACUGCCUGAAUCAACACUGUACAUACUGUAGCUGACAACACAGGCUAUGUUUACAUGCAUGGAGGGCUCUGUUGUUUAUAUGGUUGUUUUGGUUUGUGUUGACUCUUGGAAAAGUUCUGAUUAACCUGGAUAAACCUGUGCAAACCUGUGACAUUUCUUGUAUGGCAACAUGAAUUUUUUUUCUCUUUUGCAUAAGAGGAAUUUUGUAAAUGCAGUGCACUGUUUCACAGGGAGGCUGCUUUAAAGGCUAAUGAUAUCCAAUUGGUGAAUGAAGCCCGAAAACCUUCCAUUACAAAUGUAUUGAUCCGACCAGAAGAGUUACUACUAGGAUUAUAAUUUCUUUCCUACGUGUGAGAGAUGACCUCCCUUUCUUUGGUCUGUAAGUACAGUAUGUAUAACCAAAAGAUUGUUUGUUGCAACACAGACACUGUCACAGGUUAUCCAAGUUGCCAACUGAACCUUCUAACUGGACUGUGUUUGGUACUCUGUGCUGUAAAAGUAACUAUGUGUGAAAAUGUAGCCUCUGAUGCCACCCAAUGCUUCCCUUUACCUCCUUUUUAUGAAAGCAGGGUGAGAGGGACCAGAAUGUCGUCUGCCUCCUAAAAUAUGUGUGACUGACUGUACUAAUAUUCUGUGGUAUUUAAGAAAAUAAAGUGUUACAGUAACUUGA